AUGGGUAUCGACCUGGACCGUCACCAUGUGCGCAACAGCCACCGCAAGGCGCCUAAGAGCGAGAACGUUUACUUGCAGGUUCUGGUGAAGCUCUACCGCUUCCUGGCUCGCCGCACGGAGUCCAACUUCAACAAGACUGUUCUCCGCCGCCUCUUUAUGUCGCGCAUCAACCGCCCCCCGGUUUCGCUUUCGCGUAUUGCCUCCAACAUUAGCGACGCGCAGAAGGGCAAGACUGUGGUCGUGAUCGGCACCGUCACCGAUGACAACCGCCUCCUGAACAUCCCCAAGCUUUCAGUCGCUGCUCUGCGCUUCACCGCCACUGCUCGUGCCCGUAUCGAGAAGGCCGGUGGUGAGAUCCUCACCCUGGAUCAGCUCGCUCUGCGUGCCCCUACCGGUGCCAACACUCUGCUCCUCCGUGGCCCCAAGAACGCCCGUGAGGCCGUGAAGCACUUCGGUUUCGGCCCUCACUCCCACAAGAAGCCUUACGUGGCCAGCAAGGGACGGAAGUUCGAGCGCGCCCGUGGUCGCAGACGUUCCAAGGGUUUCAAGGUCUAA